AUGAAACAAUAUAGAUAAUUAAACAUAUCAUUCAAUUUAGGUUAGUGGUUAAGGCGAAGUCGGAAUUUCCUUUAAUCUUCGAUUUAAAAUAGGAUUUUUGAAGGGAUUUAAAUAUGA